AUGGUUCACAACAUAGUUCUUGACAAAACGAUUACAGUUGAAUCAAAUGAAUCAAAUGAAGAUUAUUCCAUUGAAGAAGAUGAUAGUUCAAAACAGGAUAAAGCGGAUACCAUUUCUAAAAAUCAUGAUAUUAAUUCAAAAACGAAUAUUAUCUAUAAUUCUAUACAAGAAGACUCAUCAAUUAACACUGUUACAAAGGUUUUGCCUAUCGACAUUCCGAGAGUCAAUAUUCAAAGUGUAAAUUCACCAACUACGAGUUCAUUUGCUAUAAAAUCGAUGCUUAAACUUAAUGUUAGUAAUUUAACUAGAAAACCAAGUCUUGAAAUUAAUAGGAGUCCAAGUCCUACGAAAUUAUUUGGGACGAGUCCAAUUACAUUUAUUCCUUGGAUGCAAUUAGGCGAAGCUAAUAAAAAUCAUAAUGCUUCAUAUUUAACAGUUUCCUCACCUAAUUCACUGAGAUCAGAAAGUUCCAUGUCAUCCGUACAACGACCUUCUUCUAUAACAUGGUCAAGUAUUAUGGAUCCUGAAAAGCUUGAAGAUAUAUCAAAAGAAGAACGUAAAAGACAAGAAGCAAUUUAUGAAUUAAUAACAACAGAGCAAAGUUACCUUCGAGAUCUUCAGAUGAUAGUUGAUAUAUUUUAUGAACCUUUACAAGUUAUGUUAUCUUCAGAAGAAUUAAAUACUAUAUUUUCAAAUAUUGAGGAGAUAUUACUUUGCAAUACGGAAAUACUAAGCGACUUGGAGCAAAGACAAAAAGAUGAUGAAUUUUUUGUUGAUAACGUUGGGGAUAUACUCUUAAAACAUUCCGAAGGGUUAAAAUGUUAUAAAACAUAUUGUGGUAAUCAAUUAAAUGCAAGUAAAUUUUUACAAAAGAAACGGAGUGAAGAUAAAAGAUUUGAAGAAUUUCUCAAGAAAGCUCAGCAAAAUCCUCAAUGCGGGUCAUUGGAUUUAUCAAGCUUUUUGUUGAAGCCUAUGCAAAGGAUAACAAGAUAUCCCUUAUUGAUACGCCAGAUAUUACAUUACACUAGCAAAAACUAUUUAGAUCACGAAGAUAUGAUGCAAGCUUUACAUCAAGCCGAGGCAAUUUUAGAGGAUACUAAUGAAGCAGCGCGUGAACAAGAAAAUCAGCUUAAACUAGCGGAAAUUUCAAAAUUAGUGGAUCUUGAAGACCUAGAUGAGAAAUUGGAUUUGAUGAGUACAACUCGAUUAGUUGGAAAAAGGCAAUUUAUUCUUGAGGGACCUCUUAGAAAGGCGAAAAGUGGUAGACAUUUAUAUGGAUUUUUGUUCAAUGACUUGUUGAUACUUGCACAACAUAAUAAAAAAGCCGUUGCACGAGGACAUCAAUAUGCAUUAUACAAACCACCAAUACCUUUGAACGAAAUAUUUGUAAAAGAUGGUCACGAUGAAACCUUUCAGGUUGUUCAUAUUGAGGAUAUUAUCAACCUUAAAGCAAACAAUGUCUCCGUAAAGCGACAAUGGGUUAAUCAACUUGAAACAGCAAGUGAUUAUUGUUUAACCAUCGAAAGGCAAAAUCAAAAGAAGGAAAGUGAUUUAACUCAAUUCGAUGCGAUAAGUGGUACUUUGAGAGUACUGGUAUAUGAGGGUACUUUACCGGUUGAAUCACAUGUUGGUAAAGAUAAAAAUGUUGUGAAUACAUAUUGUCAAGUACAAUUAAAUAGGCAAGUUUUUAAAACAAAAGUCGUAAAAGAUGAUAUAUUUCCUCGUUGGAAUCAGCAUUUAAUGUUUUCGGUUACAACUUUGGAAGAUACAUUAAAAUUAUCAGUAUUUCAGUAUGAUAAAUAUACACAGGAUGAAUAUUUGGGAAAAGCUGAAAUAAAAUUGAGUUUUCUUGAGCAUUAUGGAGAUAACGAAACUGAUAAACUUAUCUAUCAAUUAAAAGAUGUAGCACCGGACAAGCCUUUUGGUUCUAUAUCUGUAUACUUAAGUUAUAAAGCAAUAUAA